UGUAAAAGCUCUGAAGUUUUCCUAUUGGACCGGAGGAGCUCGCUCCAGUCGUACGUCCCCGACCGUUUAUGCAAAUGCGCUGUAGCCGAAUAUGGACACGGAGGAAUGAAAUAUGGUGGAGGAGGCGAACAUGGAGGACCGAGGACCGUGAGAGCGCUGCGGCGGCGGAGGUGGUGGAGAGUGUGUGUGUGUGUGUGUGUGUUUUUUUUUAGUUAAAGGAGAAACGUGGAUGUAUCUCUAAAAAAAAAAAAAAAAAAAAAAAAAAAAAAAAAAAAGAAAAAGCGGGACGUUUUUUAACGGUGGAAAGUUUAAUUUUUUUGUAUUUGCGCCGACAAGUGCGUCGAGAGUUUUUGUUGUAAUGCAGUGAAGACCGACUUUUUUUUUUUUACCAGGGGGGGGGGGGAUAAAAAGCAGGGCAGAGGGCUCCAGCCCUCUCCACCAACCAUCCCGACGCUAUGCCGUGGGUCAGCGGCGGUAAGCGGAGAGAGAGCUCGGAGCUGCCGCUGCCCGCGGGCUGGGAGGAAGCCCGGGAUUACGAUGGCAGAGUGUUUUUUAUCGACCACAACACCCGGCAAACUUCAUGGAUUGACCCCAGAGAUAGGAUCACCAAACCACUGACGUUUGCCGACUGUGUUGGAGAUGAACUGCCUCUCGGGUGGGAGGAAGUUUACGACCAACAAGUGGGAGUUUACUACAUUGACCACAUCAACAAGACCACCCAGAUCGAGAACCCGCGGACUCAAUGGCGGCAGGAGCAGGAGCGCAUGCUGAAGGAGUACCUUGUUGUGGCCCAGGAGGCCCUCAAAGCCAAGAAGGAGAUGUACCUGAUCAAGCAGCAGCGUCUGGAGCUGGCUCAGCAGGAAAUGUUGCUCUUCCACGAGCUCUCUGAGGACAACCGCUCCAUCACGAGCACGCUCUCCGGCUCGUCCUCGAACGCGAAAUACGACCCCGACCAAAUAAAAGUGGAAAUAGCUUGUAGACGAGAGCGGCUCUCCAGACUGAAGCAGGAGCUGGCCCAGGUGAAGCAGGAGCUGCAGUAUAAGGAAAUGGGAGUGGAGACCCUGCAGGAGAUUGACAGGAAGAUGUCCUGCAGUCAGACGAACUACAAGCUGGACGAGGCUCAGGCCAUCUUCAACGAGCUGCGCAACAUCAAGAAGGCCAUCAGCACAGGCGAGAAGGAGAGGCAGGACCUCAUCCAGAGCCUGGCCAAGCUGACGGUGAACUUCCAAAGCAGCUUGUGUAUCGGCGACUCGGCCGGCGAAGUGGUGAACAGCACUGGAACCGUGGGCGACUCGUGCAACCUGCAGCAGUACUGUGACACUGGCUGUCAGACUGACAUCAUGGGAGAGUAUGGUUCCCAAGAUUCCUCGCAUUUAGUGGACAAAGUGAAAGUCAACUGGCAGUACGAGGAAGCCAAGAAAAAGGUGCAGAGUAUACAGCACCAGCUAGCACAGCUGGACAGUGAGAGCUGGUCGGGGCGGGCCGAGGCGGACCGCGACCGGGACUUCAUGCAGCUCCUGCGCGAGAAGGAGGCCCUCCUGCAGGAGAUCAUCCUGGUCAGCAAGCAGCAGCACCCUCAGGAGACGCUCCUGCAGCUGGAUGAGGAGCGCUCCAGGCUGGAGGAGGAGGUGCAGAGGGCCCACAGCUCCCAGAGCCAGGGAGCCAAUCAGAGGAUCCUUCAGCAGGAGAAGAGGAACGUCCUGCUGAGGCAGCUGGAGGAGGCAACACGCAUCACCACAUACCUUCACUCCCAGCUGAAGAGCCUGUCGGCCAGUUCUCUGACGGUGUCGUCCAGCAGCAGUCGCGGCUCUCUAGCCUCCAGCCGGGGCUCCCUGGCGUCCAGUCGAGGCUCCCUAAGCUCCAUCAGCUUCAGCGACAUCUACGGUCUCCCCCAGUACGAGCGCCACGAUGGGGCCGGGGAGCCGCUCGACCCUCAUCUACGCUACCUGCUGCCACCGGAGACGGUGUCCAGAGACUGCUCCAUGUUCACACCCGACCCCCUGACCCAGAGCAAAACCAAGCGCUCCCACGACACCCCGCAGUCCCUCGCCUCCCUUUCCUCCCGCUCCUCGCUCUCCUCCCUGUCGCCGCCCAGCUCUCCCAUGGACACGCCCUACCACUCCGCCCCUCAGGACUGCCCUCUCACCCAGAUGACAGAGGAGUACAUGGAGCAGGCGGGCCGCGGCCUGUUAGAGGGGCUGCGAGCGCAGACACAACCCCUGGACACGGCCGGCCCCGCCGCCGGCGUGCAUCAACUGGACAACAAGAGUCACAGAGACAGCGGCGCUCAGGGGGCUUUCACCUCCACAGGAGUGACUCUGAGGGGAAACAGCGGAAACCGAAGCGGCAGGAGGGCCAGGAGAGUCUCUGCAGGCGUGUCGGAGGAUGCUUUGGCCACAGACAGCGGUGUGUUCGAGGCCUGGGGCAGAAGGGCGGAGGAGUCCGACGAGAUGUCCUACAUGAAAGAGCUGACCUCUGUGAGCGAGCCCACCCAGAUCCAGCUGGGGCUGCUGUGGGAGUCCAGUUCUCAGUCUCUGCGGCUACAUCUGCUCCAGCUCAAGAAUUUAAACAGGUCCAUCGUGAGAGACGGCUACAAAGUGUACGUGAAGGUGCACUUGAUUCCACUGGACGCCGGCAGGGCCUGUGCGUUUUACUGUUGUACGGCGUUGGAGCCGCAGUCCCAGAUGAGUUUCAAUGAAGGCUUCUGCAUUCCUGUCCCUGCAAACGCCCUGGCGGUGUGCGCUCUGCAGCUGUCUGUCUGCUCGCUGGGACCUCAGGCUCAGGAGGAACUGCUGGGCACAGCCCAGGUGAGCCUGGCUGAUUGUGAGGGGAGUGCAGAGAUGGUUUACCACUGGCUGCGAGUGCAGAUUGUGGGUGGGACCGAGCUGCCCAGGCCUGAACAGAAGAACCCUGGCCAUCGCAGACACCACGACAACCAGGAGGACGAGCAAAGGCCCAGAGCCAUGGACACUGUAUGCACUCUGCUGUCACGCACCACAACCACAACCACCACCACCCGCCUGGAGGAAAGGGAGGCAGAGCUGGAGCUGCAGAGGCUGGAGAAGAAGGAUGAGCCCGGGGAGGUGGCGUCUGAAAGGAGCUGGCAGGCGGAGUCGGUUGACAGCGGCUGCAGCAACAGCACGGCGUUCACAGCCGCCUGCUCAGAGGGGCUGUGUGCAGAGGGCAUCUGCAUCACCACCGGAGGGCGCUGCGACCAGACAAGCAGCAAACACUCCACAGUAAAGUUGGAGAAGGCCACCAUGACGGAGGGCUUGUACCCAGAGCCGGUGCGAAUCCGGCCCAAAGAGAGAGGAGGCCGCUGGGGUCACGCCUCGCCCUUCAUGCGUGGGAGCACCAUCGUUCGCUCCCAGACGUUCUCUCCCGGCGCCCGCAGUCAGUAUGUCUGCAGGUUGUAUCGCAGCGACAGUGACAGCUCAACCCUACCAAAGAAAUCGCCCUUUGUCAGGAACACGUUGGAAAGAAGAACGUUGCGAUAUAAGCAGCAGUCGUACCGCUCCUCUCUGGCCGAGCAGCCGACGCGUACCUCCCUGGACCUGGAGCUGGAUCUCCAGGCCUGUAGGACGCGUCAGAGGCAGCUGAUGGAGGAGCUGAGCGCGCUGAGGGAGCUGAAGCUACGACUGGAGGAACCGCAAGCCAGGGAGGACGCCGAGCUGCCGCACUGGGCCCUGAGAGACGAGCGCUUCCGCUGCCUGCUCAGAGAGGCCCAGAGACAGGCCAGCCAAAGCAAGCAGGAGCAGCGUCAGGAGGAGGCGGCAGAGAGGAGGCUGAGGAAGGCUUCUAAAGAGGUUCUGCAGAUGAGGGGGCAGAGCCAGAAGGAGCCCCUGCCAGUGCAGACAUUCAGAGAGAAGAUGGCUUUUUUCACUAGACCAAGGUUCAACAUACCUCCUUUGCCGGCUGACGACGUAUGAGAGCUUGGCCCUCCGUGUUAUGUGACUAAACAUGAAGUAUUUGUCAAAUUAUUCUGAGCUCAUGAAGUACAAAGAGGACAGAGCGGGCAGAGAAGACACGCAGAUGAUGUCGAAGAUUAGAAGGUUUCGCAUUUUCAGAAGUGUUUGUGCGGCUAUUAUAAACACACACAUACAUAUACACACACACACACACACACACACACAUACACACACAGAGUUAUCGACAACAGCGCGGCUGUUCAUUUCCUUUCUGGAGAAGACGCCUCUCUGAUGAGGAAGCAGUAUCUCUUUACUCCUGUUGUUUGUGCUUACAAAAGGCUGGAAGACGGGAACAACAAAUUCACUGUACUGUAACUUAUUUUAUAGUACUUUUUUUUUUUUUCCUUGAAGGAAAUUAAAAACACACAAAAAAGAAAACGCUUCCUGCUUUUUAAGUGUAUUUUGUAGCUUUGAACAAAUAGCACUUCGAUGUUUUUACAUACAGUUAAAUGGAACUAUUGUCUGAUUUCCUGUUACCUAAUUCUUAAGAGUUAUUUACAUAAAAUGUCACUUUGUAAUCCACUUUUAUUACAGAUGUCAUUGUCCUUUUUUUGUUAUGUUAUUAAAAUUAAUAUUAUUUCAUGUACUUUUCAAUAUAUGGAUGAAUAUAUGAAACACUGUAUUCAGAUUUUUUUUUUAUGACGU